AUUAACCACCGAAAGAUGUUCACCAAUAUAUUAAGCUCUGUGCUUUUGAUUCUUUUUCUGAAUGAGGUGACUUCGGCACCCACAGCUUCAGUCACAUCUUUUGUGCCGUCUAUUAACGACAAUGGCGUUAUUGUGGUGCCGUAUGAUAAUAAAUAUUACCUGAGGAUCGAUAUUGAGGGAACGGGGAGGGAGGAGACCGUUGAGGAGAUUGCCCCGGAUCAGUUCCAAGUUAAGGGCACCUUUGGACAGCCCUUUCCAGGAUCCAAGUACCUUUUGGUAACCUACGAGGCCGGGCCAAAUGGCUAUGUGGCCAAGUAUAGCCUAUCGGAAUUACAGAACCAGGUUCAACACCUACCACCCGCUGCAUUGAAAACUGCCGCCGGAUAAAAAACAAAUCAAACUGAUAAGUGAUAUAGCCAAAUGAGAAAUUCUUAACUUCAUGAAAUAAUAAAAUAAAAUUCUAAACUACCAGAUCAUUGGAUCUGGUAAUCAUUGUUUCUUUUUUUUAAAUAAAUAUACUUAAAAACACUACAAUAAGUUUAAAAUUAAUAUUUACAAAUAAGCUUUGACUUGCGUCAGCACCUUGAUACCAUUUGAGCAACUCUAAAUUUAUUAUUUUGCAAAAUUUGCUAACUGGAAAACUAAAUUAAAACAAUGAAAAUUUCAAGCUCUAAACAAUCGUUCGAUCCCGUCAGUUUUGAUUGUUAAACAACCAAGAAAGAAAACUCUUGGGAAAGUUUCAUCCAGAUAGCUUAUAAAAGGAAGAUCAAGAACAAAUAUCCUUUAUAGGGUCGGAAAUGACUCCUUCAAUGCGUUGCAAACAUAUGUCUAAUUACGUCCUUCAAUAAAAUAUGUAAAUGAGUUUUAAUAGUCUUUAAUUAAUUAAUUAUUAUUUUAAUUAUUUUGCACUACUAAAGACUCUCAAACUGUAAUAAAAACCAGAAAGCACAA